UACCACGGGCCAACCAGCCCAGCCUACUACGUAGUAGGCAACCCCAAAAGCACCCCCCGAACAAGAUGAAAAAGGCGUGGCCCCAUAUUUUGCCAUGAUGCAUGCAUCCCUGGACCCUUACUAGUCCCGUCGAUACUAUCAGAGCCCUCCCAUUGGCCGCCUUGUCAUGUCGUUUGAAGAAUCAAUUGUCAUCGCUCUCAAGGCCCGGCCAAUCGCUGUGCGUCCUCGGGGUUCCUGGCAGCCUAGAAAGGGAAGAGACGACGCUCACACAUGCUUGUCAACAGAGGCAGACCACUCAUCCCCGUUGCCUGAUUCGUCCGCGACUCAACCAGAUUACUGUAUUUGCUUUCGUACACGCUUUCAUGAUUCAACCCUCAAACCCACUGGAAUUGGCCCAUCCCAUCGCCGAGAGGUCGCCGGGAACGGCCCUGUCUUGGCAAGCCCGUGUUUUGAACCAUGGUUGCUCGCCUCUCCCUCUCUUCAGGCUGGGGAUUGGGGGGGAUUGGGGGGAAAACGGGGGGACUCCAUGGGUUGUGAUCCAUGAUGAAUCCGGGGCAAGAUCCUCCGCGUCUACGUCCGUGUCUGGCGCGUAUGUUGUGUUUCUGGUUGUCUCUUAUUGUCUCGUCCCGCUCGUCUCACCACGCACGCAGAAAGCAUGGAUGGCUCCCGCAAGUGGCUCGAGCUCCCCCGGCAUCCACGCGCGGUAGACACGUAGUAUCUCGGGAGGAGUCGUUGGCGUUUUGUCAUUGACGCUUCUCCGUCCGGUCCGAUUCCGACUGUCGUUACGUUUCCGAAGAAAGCCCCUCGCGUUUUCGGUGCUGUUCUCGCCCGAGACUAAGAAAAAAAAAAGUGUCUAGCCCACAAUCCCCAUCGCUCCCGUUCAGUGGCCACCCGGAGAUGUAAUUCCACCGAUGGGUUCUUCGGUGACAGACGGGACAGAGAACUGCGCUGAGCUGAGCCAGGGCGGCUAAGAGCU